AUGGAGACAGACAUUUCACAAGCCUUCCAGAAAGAACUUACCUGCUUCAUCUGCCUGAGCUGCCUGAUAGACCCAGUCACCAUAAGCUGUGGCCACAGCUUCUGUCGAGCCUGCCUCCAACUUUCCUGGGAAGACAUCCAACCACCUGUCCAAUGCCCUUUGUGUUGGGAACCAUCUCAGAAGUACUUGAGAACCAACAUUGUUCUGAAGAAACUGGUGUCCAUUACCAGACAAACCAGCCUCAUGAAGGACCUGAGCUCUGAGGAGCAUAAGUGUAUGACCCACAAAGAGACAAAUAGGAUCUUCUGUACUGAGAAUAGGAUCUUCCUCUGUCAACUCUGUUCUAACUCCCAUGAGCACAGAGGACACAGACACUGUCCCAUUGAAGUAGCUGCUGAGGAUGAAAUGGAAAGACUUGUAAAGCAAAUGGCAUCUUUGUGGGAUAAGAUCCAAGAAAAUCAAGAGAAUUUAGAGGCAGAGAACAGAAUGACAACUCUGUGGAUGGACUACUUGACUCUGCGGGAACAAAUGAUCAGGACAGAGUAUACAAAACUGCACCCACUCCUCUGUGAAGAGGAAGUGCAACACAUCGAGUCUAUGAGAAAUGAAGGCCAAUGUGUUUUGGAGAAACUCAGGACAAGUGAAGCCAUCAUGAUCCAAAAGAGCAAAGAACUAAGAGAAAUGUACCAGGAGCUGAUGGCAAUGUCCCAGGAGCCAUAUGUGGUCCUGCUGCAGGAUUUGGAUGACAUGUUCAGAAGGAGUGAGUCAAUGCAGCUGAGCAUGCCCCCUUCUAUGAAAACAGAACUCACUGCCCUACCUAUCACUGGACUGACUGAAAGUUACAAGCAGUUCCAAGCUCACAUUAUCUUUGAAAGUGUAACCAUACUUCAUUCUAAGAUGAACAUAUUUAAUGUCAUGAGAAGAUUCAGCUUCAGACUUCACCAUAAGGAUACACCUGCAGAUUCUGCUGGAUUUUAUUUUGCUUCCUGGGGAUCACAGAGCUUCAUCUCAGGAAAAUAUUAUUGGGAGAUUGAUUUGAAGGACUCUUGUGACUGGGCUGUGGGAGUCUGUAAGGAUUCCCAGUUAAGGAGUAGAAAGCAAAUGAUUGAAUCUGAGGGUACAUUUCUUCUUGUGUGUGUGAAAGAGGGUAAUCAUUACUGUCUCCUCACCACAUGCCCAGUAUUCCGGCACUACAUAGAGAAGCCAUUGGGCCAGGUUGGUGUGCUUCUUGAUUGUGAGGAUGGUUGUUUAAGCUUCCUAAAUGUUACCAAGAGUUCCCUCAUAUACAGGUAUCCUCCUGGCACCUUCAAUUACCCUGUCAGGCCUUGCGUAUCCAGUGGAUACACAUAA